UGUUUUUUGUGUUUAUUUCACAGAGUUCGCAGAGUCACCCUUUGACAAGUCGUUCGUUGUCUUCAAGUCUGUUUGAAAUUCAACCUCCUUCGUCUUCUUCACCACGCUUUGCCUCCCCCCCCCUCCCCUCCCGCCUGCGCUUUGUCUUUUGUUCGACUGUGCACAAUGCGCGCUUCCGCUUCUCGACCAUCCGCCGUGCUUGGCGUGGCUGCCCCCCUGCUGCUGCUGCUGCUGCUGGUGCUCGUGCUGGGCACGCCCCGCCAUGUUGGUGGGUCACCCUCAUUUCCGCUUGGCUCCGACACGACGCCCAUCGACCGGAUGCCCGCCGCCGAGGAUGGCCUGCUGGGCAUGCACAAGGACGUAAGCACCGUCCCUCAACGCCGGGAUGCUGCGGCGGGGAUGAACGCUGGGGGAAACUGGCGGCUGGUGCGCAACCGCGUCAUCACCAGUGCGCAGAAUGGCGCCGUGCCGCAGCACCAAGGCGACCAUGCUGAUCUCACUGCAGCUAUGUCCGAUUCGAGGCGAGUGCUGCACGAAGAUACAUGGCAGGCACUGCUCCCGCUGGGUCUGGCGCGGCGAUCGCUGCUCAAAGACACGCUCAAGUCUGAGAAACAUCGGCGCGAUGACGGUUCACCCUCUCGCACUCCCGUCGAUGGAAAAAUCUCCAUCAAAGCGACAAAUACGUCGACGGCUGCAAGUUUAUCGGCAACCGUCGUGUACAGCACCCUGGGCACCCUGCGCUCCAUUGCAGGCGCGAAAUUCUUGGUCGCCGUGCCCGAAACCGGCUGUCCUGCCAUCAAUCGAUCAGACCUGGCGCUUGCACCGAACGAAGGCUGGGUCGCCCUGGUCUCGACGUGUCCCGUCACCGACGGCGACAACUGCACCUAUGCCGACAAGGCAAUGGCUGCGGAAGCUGCGGGCGCACUGGCCGCAGUGUUUUCGAAUUGUGACUCGGCCGCGUCCGCCCCAGUCCGGAUCACUGGCGAGACCAUCGUGGCCAUUCCGGUCGUUUCUAUCAGUGGGGUGACGACCACUGCCCUUGACCAGCUUCUCAGCAACAACCCUGGCGCUGUUUGGCGAGCGGAUGUUGCACCCAACCAAUCCGACGACGAUGACGACCUCGGACUCGGGGCGACAUUGCUCGUCUAUUUGGCAAUUGUGGUGCUCGCCGUCUGUAUUCCUGGAUUUGCGGUGGGUUGCAUCUACUGCAUCUUUCGCCGACAGUUCAUGUCGCAGCGUGCGGCACAAGGCGUUGAUCCCUACUUUUCCGUCAUUGUACCGUCAGCUGCUCUGAAGCGCGCCAUCGACGAUUUGCCAAUGUUUCGCGUCUGCAGCGACCCUAGUCUAGACUCUGGAAUUGGCGAUGACGACGCGCGCUGUCCUCGUAACGUGGAAACACCCGCCACGCAUUUGGGUGCUUCAAAGUCGCUCCCAAUGUCUGCCAUGCCACCUUCUGCACUAGUCCACGCAGUUUCGGAACCUGUUGCCCCAAACACGCAUGCAGCAGUUGCAGUACCAUCCAGUCAGCAGGCAGCAGUAACGGCUGCCACCAACAAUCCACGCCAAGAGCGACUCCAAUUUACCUAUGUGGCACCGGAGGCUGCUGCCGCCUCAGCAUUGCCAGGUUCCCGUCGAUUCAGCCUCAAGCGCCUCCGUCGAAAGCUCCGCAUGCUUGUGCUUCGAAACUCUGAAACGUCAGCUCAGCCACCAGAUGCUGAUGCUGAAGCACACGUUACUCCUCGGAACGUGCAGGCGCCUCCUGCAGGUGAGAGUGCUGCAAUUGAAAUGACUGACAUUGUCGUUUCGGCACCUUCGGCACCUUCAGCAGCAGGACCGCCGCCAAGCUUUACUCGGCCGCUGAACGAAACGUGCGCUGUUUGUCUGGAUGACUUUGAAGCUGGCGACCUCGGUCUCCUUCUUCCUUGCCAUCAUGGCUACCACCCAGAGUGCAUCCGAGAGUGGCUGCUGCAGCAUGGCUCGUGCCCGCUGUGCAAAGCGUGGCUUCUGCCUGCCACGGCAGACGAAACUAUCGCCAGCGAUUACGACAUUGGUGCGCAUCACCAGCCAGGUGCUGCCACCGCCGAGUCACAACCCGCUCCAGGGCCCGUUGCUUCGAACAUGCCAGCGUCCAGACGCUCUACCAUCUCGAGGCAUUCCGCCAGCUCGGCGGACACAUUCCAUUCGGCUUCAGAAGGCUCGCACGACGCCCAUACCGAUCAUACAACGUUGUAGUUGGGCUCGGUGGUUGUUCAUCGAGUAUUGGAGUUAUUUUUGCCGCCAUAUUUUACUACCCUGUUGUACAUGCUAGAAUAUGCCUCUCCCUUUUUGAAACAAAUCAGUCCUAAUGUAAUAAUCCAAAACCAA